GGGAAGUAAUUCGUAGGAGAUGAGAAUGGGGUGUCAUUUGCGAUGUUUCGGGCAUUCACGAGCCCAGGGGCUAAGAGGGACCUCUGGCAUAGAGCACAUUAGAGGGGAUAUGUUUGUUGAAGUACCAAGAGGAGAUGCCAUCUUACUCAAGUUUAUUCUGCACAACUGGGAUGAUGAGAAAUGCAAUAAGUUGUUGAAGAACUGCUACGAGGCAUUGUCAGACAAGGAAAAGGCAAUGGUGAUGUCCUUCCAAAUAGCCUCCAAACUAGUGCUCAUGCAAAGUAUGCCUCUGCAUUGAACACAAUUAUGUUGACUAUGUUGGAAGGAAAGGAAAGGACAGAGGAUGAGUUCAAAGUCUUGUCAACAAAAGCUGAUUUGGUAGAGUUCAAAUUUGUUUGUUAUGUGUAUGGCAUUGGGUUGUGGGAGUUCAUUAAGUCAGUUUAAGCUCAUAAUAGUCGACAAUAUAUUUUCAGGGGGAAAUAAUAGUUUUAAUCUCAUAAGUCAGACUCAUGCCACUUUUGGUCCCAUUCAUUACGGGAUUAGCAUUUUUAUUACCAUAACUUAUAAAAAUUGACACUUUUGGUCUUCAUGCACUUCUCCAUUUAUAAUUUAACGAUGUAGGUCACGUGCCUAGCAUGUUGUCAUUAAGUAUUUUUUAUUAGAGGAAAAAUUUGACG